AUGCGUCUCCGGCCAAGAGAACUCCGGCGGCGGCACUCAGCCACUAGGGAGUGGUUCUUCAAGAUAAUACUUCCAAGUACCAUCGAAAACAAGAAUCUGAAGCUUCCAUUGAAGUUUGCGAGGAAAUGUGGGGAUGAACUUCUUGAUGUGGUUAAGCUUUUGUUACCGAAUGGUCGAGUUUGGAAUGUGAAAAUAUUCAAGUACAAGGGUAUGUCGAAUUUCAAUGUUCGUAUAUUUAACAUGACUACUUGUGAGAUUGAAUAUCCGGAUCAUGAACUGAGCAAUGAUCAACAGCCUCCUCGUAAUGAUGAAGUUGAGAAUGAAGAUGAUGACUGCUUUGAAAUUUCGGAUUCGAUCCAUUUGGCAAGUACAAGCAAAAGAGUACUUGAAAAACGAGAUUCUACUUUACAAAAACAGAAUCUGCAAGAAAAUCCGAAAAAGGGCAUAAGUAAUAAAAUUUCAGAGGAAAUUAUUGAAUUGGACAAUGAAAAUGGUUUGAAGCAAGGUGAAUUAAGCAGGAAUAGAAUUCUUAACAAAGAGAAAAUGAAAAAUAAAUUUGAUGGAAUUGCCGUUUUGCGUGGAAGUGAAGAAAUAGAGACAGAAAUCUUUGUUAGCGCAAGACUUUAUAGAACUUUAUCAACAAUGUCAUCUGAAAUAAGAAUGGCAGUUGAUGCAGCAACAAUGUGCAAGCCAAAAAAUCCAACUUUUUUGGUCAUCGUUCUGCUACAUUAUCUUCAAGAUGAUAAAUUGAUUGUGCCGGCGGGAUUUGCUAGAAGGUAUAUGAAAAAUGUUUGUGAGGCUGUCAAAGUUAAAGAUUCUGAAGAUAGAGAAUGGACUGUUAGAAGCAAUUGGCAAUGGAGAGGUGGAAGUUUGGGGUUAAAUGGAGGAUGGGGUAAAUUUUUCAAGGACAAGAAUCUGAGAGUAGGAGAUGAGUCGAGUAAUCAGAAAAUAUAUCUGAACAUAGCAACUAGUUUGACACCCUCAGUUACACUUGGGGAAACAGAUAAAAAGUGUGUCAACUCUUAUGGGAAUGUAAGAAUUUCUCAUGAUGAUAUGAUAGAGAGCUGCGGACAUAGAGAGUUUGCAUAG